AUGGUUUGUUUGGCAUUGAUGUUCACUGUGGUCAUCGUGGAAUAUGUUUAUGGAGGACCUGUACUACCUGCACUACCUCCUCUACCUAUGAAAGCUGGCUGCUUCCUAAUAUCUCCAGAGGUGGAGGUAUUCAGAUUGGAGGGUGAGGCUGUAAUCCUUGACUUCCCCAUCUUCCAGAGGGUCCUCCAAAAACGCAACAUAGCCCUUCCAACAGCAACCUACCUCAUCGCCAGGGGCAACGGUACAGGAGCCUAUGAGGGCGAGGGGCGUGUCCAUCAGCAUGACAAACAGUUGUGGCUCCUGCCGGCUCAGGUCUCAGACUCAGGAAAUUACAUGUGUACCUACAGAAAUGAAACCUACUGUGUCACUGGGAGUAUCACGCUGCAUGUGUAUGAGUCCAGUUCUGUGGACAUGGAGAAACUAUCUUAUCCGUUCCCAACCACAGUGGGAAUGAAUCUGACAAUGCUUUGUCCAUCUCUAGAAAACUUCAACCAGACAGAGGAGAUAGAAUGGUACAAGGACUCCAGCCCCACUGCCCUUCAGCUUGGCACAGAGGACAGAGGUGAACUAAUGAUCCAGGCUGUGAAACUAUCCCAGGCUGGUUUCUACACCUGCCAGCUCAGAGUGCUCAUCAACAACCAGCAGUACAAAGUCAGCCGAACCAUCCUGCUCCGUGUGGAAGGUUCAGACCCUGCUCAGACCACUACUACCACUGCACCUCAUGUCUCCAUGACCUCUGGACCGGGGCUGAUCAGUAGCACCAGCAGCAGCAGCAGCAGCACAAUUCACACUCCACUUAGGCCGCCUGUGAUUGCCUGGCCACUGAAUGGAACAAUAUAUGAAAGUUCACAUGGGUCAGGACUGGAACUGUUUUGCCAGGUGCUCACUGGAUGCCAGGAGGCAGAUUCCACUGUGGUCACAUGGUUGGUCGAUGGCCAAUCAGUAGAGUUAUCUUACCUUGAUGGACGGGCUCUGCAGGGGGAAAAGAGGCAAGCCAGAUUGUCCGAAGGGUGCCAGAUUGAGUUGAGACUGAUGGUCUUAGAGUUGACAGAAGAAGACGUAAAGACGCAGCUGAAAUGUGUCACUCAGAACCAAGGAGGGACACAGGAAGUCAUCGUUCAACUUCAACUAGAGGACUCUACGUUUACAUGGGUGGUGGUAGCUGUGGUGGCGGUGUCCUGCUUCCUGACUGUUGUUUCUAUCUUCCUCUACGUGCUCUUAAAACCUAUAAAGAAAAAGAAAAUGGAUUACUUCCUGGCACGGCAAAACAGCAUCUUUUAG